AUGGCGCCCGUUCUGCCCGGCCUCGCUGAUUCCGCACCGCACACAGGCUGGAUCGAAACGCCACAUCAGCGUCAAUAUCGCGAACAUCUCGAACAGCGUCAACAUGCCGCUCGGAGAUACCCAAAACUCAUCGCAGAGUUCACUUCUAUGCUCCUCGAGGUCUCUGCGUCAGAUCCAGCCAAGAGUCAUAAUGAUCGCGAACAUGACAUUCGACGAGCUGCGCUCAUGACCGCGCUCGAGACUCCACGUCAAGAGCUUGCUCGAAUCGACAGCAAUUCUGAUAUCCCUACUGUGAUGGGAUUCCAGCGCGCCUACCGGGCUGCUGCCAAGCUUCGGGUUCAGUACGUCCUCCUAUUUCCGCCAGAUCCAAUGCUGUGCCGCACUAUCCUACAAGCCCGCAAUGAUAUUGAGCUUUCAGGAGUGACUUUCCGCCCACCGCUUAGCCAUGAGCCUGGUCUUGGGAUGGACCCAGAACCACACGGAUUCAUCGGUUCGUUCUUUUGGUUCAUCGAGAAAUUGCUUGCGGAUGCCAUGCCUGAUCCUUACCCCAAUCCGCCGUGGCCUCCAGGCUUCUCAACUGGCAGUCUUGCAGCAGAAAGGAAUGCGCAGCGUAUUGCGAGUGUCAGCACUGAUGCUGAAGCAGCGUCUGUCAUCCUGGUGGCGGCGGCACCGUUGAUUGCAGAGCAGUCCGUUGUCAAGGAGACUGCCACUCACAAUGAAGAAGAAGCUUGCAGUGGUACUCCAGUGGGAACUCCACGAGACUACAUGAUAGAAUGCCUACCUCACUUCUUGUUAGAUCAGCUCAAUGCUGAGAACAAGCUGGACGACCGACGAACGCUUUGCGCCGUCCUCCUUUCUAUGCUAAGUAGGCUCCUUCGGAAAAAGUUCGGCGACACGCCAGCGGUUCUUGAGUGUCUUCGAGAGCUUUCUUCCUUGGUCUCCGAGCCCAGACUGAUCAAUGUGACGAGGACAUCGGCCAGGAAGAACGUUCCUCAGCCGCGUGCUGUGGUCCAUCCGACUGCCAAGCUGAUCAGUCACCCUACACUCGAUCAGCCAGCGACGGUCGCCACUGAAGCUCGGCCACCUACAUCUCCGCAAGCAGCAUUGACCCUCACUGCAGUGGCGAACCCGAUUCCUACUACAGAUGAGCAUGGCAUUCGUCCAGAAAGUGGAGCGAGCGAGGAUACUGCGCCUCCUCGGAUUGAGGUUCAGGUCUCAGCAACCACAGUCAUCAAGCCGACCAUUCAGCAACCUACGCCACGACUCCCGAAGCCAGUCCAGCUGGCGAAUACAGCGGUCAUACCAUGGGCCUCCAUGAGUAAGAAGAACAUCCACAAAACGUACAAACCUGCUGGGAUCGAAGUCGCACGCCAGCUCCUGAGUCUAGCCCACCCUUCAGAUUACGAUGACUGCUCGCCGGAGAAAAUGAAGACACCAGUCUUCAGGCAAUUAGCCCGAGCUGUACGUACGAAGUUCGGACCUUCCUCCUACAGUAGCGAUCCUCGCCUCAUGAAGCUCUGCGCAAAUCUUGCGAUCGCAAUCGAGGGGCGGAAGGAGGCAAUGGACCGGUUUCCGCGUUCUGGGCUGGAGUAUGAGCUACAUCAGUCCUUCUACAAGACGCUGCUGGAAGUCCGGCAUGAACUGGAGAGGAGUUGA